AUGCUUGAAGAUCACCGGUUUACUGACACGAUUUCACGGAACACGUCCGUACAAUCGGCUAUUGAACGUUUCGAUCAACGCAAGCCGAUGAUGGUACAAAAUCGGCCGAAAUCCAGCAAGACUCCAUCGCCGGAAGGUACUGCGAAUAUCCAACAGUACAACCACCAAAGUGGUUCCACCCUACUAUCUCCACCAGUACCGCUGCCGCGAAAAGUGUCGUCACCAUCCGCGAGUCCUCCUCGAGCGGACCUCACGCCAUCUGGCGGCCCUAGCGAACCCGAUCGGAAACAGCGCUCCCGCUCGAUCCCCCUCAGUACGGAUGUGCUGCUACAUUCGCGUGAUGACGUUCUCUAUCACCAGAUGAAAUUUACCAAUCUUCCUUUUCGACCGAGCAACUAUGGUGCAGGUAUUACUGGAGUUUAUCAGCAAACAGUAAACACGACGAGUUCGGAGGAUGACGGUUAUGGUGAUGAGAUCGAUGGCGCAUCAGUCGGACAGGAACUAGCAGUGACCUCCGAAUUUCCUGCUGAUAUGCUGAUGAAACAGAAGCUGGAUCCGGAGGAGAUCUUCACCAAACACGAGCGCAUCGGACGCGGCUCUUUUGGUGAAGUGUACAAAGGCAUCGACCGACGGACAUCACAGGUUGUAGCGAUAAAGAUUAUCGAUUUAGAGCAGGCUGAGGAUGAAAUUGAAGAUAUUCAACAAGAAAUCCAGGUGCUUAGCCAGUGCGACUCACCGUAUGUGACAAAAUACUAUGGAAGUUAUUUAAAGGGAUCAAAGUUAUGGAUAAUUAUGGAGUAUUUGGGUGGAGGAUCGGCCCUGGAUCUUACCAAAAGCGGAAAGCUGGAUGAGAGUCACAUCGCAGUCAUUCUCAGGGAAAUUCUUAAAGGGCUCGAUUACCUUCACAGCGAACGGAAGAUCCACCGCGAUAUCAAAGGCGCUAAUAUUUUAUUGGAUGAUGUUACCGGUGCAGUGAAACUUGGCGACUUCGGUGUCGCACGAUUUCUUUCCACUGUUGCUGGACUAAAGGCGAACACUUUUGUGGGGACACCGUUCUUUAUGGCUCCAGAAGUUAUACAGGACGGUCACUAUGAUGUGAAGGUGGAUACUUCCACUGUGUACGCUGCUAAUGUGUUGGUCAGCGAACAAGGCGAUGUAAAAGUGGCUGACUUCGGAGUUGCUGGACAGCUGACGGAAACGGUGAAGAAACGAAUCACCUUCGUCGGCUCACCGUUCUGGAUGGCUCCUGAGCUUAUCAAACAAGCCAGCUACGACUAUAAGGCUGACAUAUGGUCGCUCGGAAUUACAGCUAUUGAGCUGGCUCAGGGAGAACCACCACAUUCUGAUUUGCAUCCGAUGCGAGUAUUGUUCUUAAUUCCGAAAAAUCCGCCACCACAACUGACAGGGCCCCAGUGGUCGCGCGUCUUCAAGGACUUUGUAGAGCUCUGUCUCAAUAAGGACCCGGAUAACCGGCCGUCUGCAAACGCCCUUCUAAAACAUCCAUUCAUCAAGAAGGCGAAAAAGAAUGGUAUUUUAGUGGAGCUCAUCGAAAGAGCCCGCGAGUACCGAUCUCGAACUGGUGUGUCCUCCGACAGCGACCUUGACGAGGACUCGGACGGCGGUGGCGGAACAAAUGCAUGGGAUUAUCCAACUGUCCGUGGUACAGCUAGCGAAAAAAUUGAUGCCAAUCAAAGGGACGAGACAGUCAGGCAGCGUGAUCGACAGCUGAGACCUGCUCUUUCGGAGAGGACUCAAGUUUCGGUGAAUGACGACGAUGAUCUUAGCCCAGGAGGAACUAUUGUUAGGUCGAGUGCAACAGUUUUGGCCGUAGCGGAUCAAUUGCGUGGGACAUCAUUGACGUCAUCAACUGCGAAUGGGAAUGGAGGAAGUGGAGGGAGAACAACUGCGGCGUUUCAACCGACCACGAUCACCGUAGCUAGUCCACCAUCUAGUCCAAACUUUCCUCACCGUCAACAACACCAUCAUGCGCACUCCCCGUCCUCUUCUGGAUCCCGUGUUCACACUCAUGAUCGUCAAAGAUCCUCUGGAUCUGGUGGAAGGAAUCAUCACGCAUCGUCAUACCUGCCAAUGGAGAAUGGGGCACGUGAAUAUGGCGGCAGUGGUGGGAGGAGUCACAGACAUGAGGUUGAACGUGAACGCCAAACAGGAUCAGGCGGUAGAAACGGCUAUACGAACGCAGUGCAUGUAUCUACACAUCAUGAUCGAGUUCCUUCACCUCGUAGGAGAGUUGCUGGUGCAUUGGAGUAUAGCUUGUUGCCAGCUCUUGAAGGUAUGUCGCGCACUCGUCAUGCUACAGCUGAACUUGAAGCUCUCGCUAACGCAUUCCGGCAUGCGGAAGAGGUCUGUCCGGGUAUAUGUAAUGAACUAGUCGAAGAGAUUCUGACGCGGUUAGCGCAUCCUCAGGUCAACCAGAGUGACCUUGGCAGAGCUGUGCAAAGGCUUACAACACGCCAAAGCUAA